ACACACAAAAAUAGUUCAGACACGGUAGUCUACACGUAGACGCUUAAAAACAAUCACCCGUGUUUUUCGAUUCCAGGAAAGACGUAACCAUUUAAAAUGAGUUUUGAGGGUAGAAAUUCCAAGCUCAAUACCGCUAAACUCCUAAGUCAGGAAAAAUGGAACCAGCUGGAACAAGUACUGAAGCCACUCAGCCUGACUGAUGAGAUUCUAGAAAAACUUAUGAAUGAAUUCAAAGAACAAAUGCAUCUAGCUAACAGCCCAGAUGAAAACAUCAGAAAAAAGUCUGAUCUUUUAAUGAUGAACACAUUUAUCAGAAUUUUACUUGAUGGGACAGAGCAGGGAGACUACCUGGGUCUAGAUCUUGGAGGUACCAACUUCCGUGUGGUUCUAGUCAGAUUUAAAGAUGGAGUUGCAGACACAACAACACAGUACUACGAACUGACUGACGAAACUCUGAGUGGACCUUCUGCUGGGGUUUUUGAUUUUAUUGCUGAAAGUAUUCAAGAUUUUCUUAUCAAACAAGGGCUGGCAAAUUCAGAGAAAAAGAUUCCAUUGGGUUUCACUUUUUCAUUCCCAUCCACACAACUUGAAUUGAACAAAAGCAUCCUCUUGACCUGGACUAAAACAUUCAAAUGUCCAGAUGGUGUUGGGGAAGAUCCAGUUGCCAUGCUGGAGGCUGCCAUCCAGAGGAAAGCCAAGGACCUCCCUGUGGACAUAGUGGUUGUCAUGAGUGAUACAGUAAGCACUCUGAUGGCUGGAAACUACCUGGAUAAAAAAUGCAGAGUUGGGCUCAUUCUAGGCACUGGGUGUAAUGCAGCUUUUGUAGAAAACAUUACAGAUAUUGAAAAAUGGACAGGAGACUAUGAGGACCCUAAACAUGUAAUUGUGAAUGUUGAACUGGGGUCAACAGGAGACAGUGGAUGUAUGGAUUUCCACAGGAGUGAAUACGAGAAAGAAAUUGACAAAUUCUCAAAUCAUCCAGGAUCUUUUACGUUUGAGAAAUCUUUCUCUGGAAUGUACCUGGGUGAGUUUGUGCGUCUGGUUUUGGUCAGGCUAAUCAAAGAUGGGACACUUUUCAAUGGCCAGGGAGGGAAGUUGGUGGAUGGGAGAUGGGAGUUUACAACCUCCCAUGUUACAUCUGUGGAGAGUGAUGUAGGUGAUUCCACAACCAACACAAAAAAUGUUUUGAAGAAAUUUGACCUAGAUUCUGUGGCUACAGAAGAAGACAUUGCCAUUGUGAGAGAAGUGUGUGAGUUUAUUUCAUAUAGAGGAGCCUACAUCAUAGCUGCUGCCAUGUCUGUCCUCAUCAACUAUGUAAGACUACCUGAAGUAACUAUAGGAAUUGAUGGCUCCCUUUAUGAAAAACACCCAAAGUUCCACAACAGCAUGAUGGAGGUGUUUGAUAAGUUUAGUCCACAGACAAAGGUAAAAAUGAUUUUGGCCAAGGAUGGAAGUGGCCAAGGUGCAGCAUUUGCUGCUGUAUCAGCACUACGACAGACGGCAAAGGGCAUUCGCUGCUCUUAACUUAGACUUUUAAUGUUGUUAUCAAUCUGGCUGUGGAUACCAUGGUGAAUGGGAAGAAUGUUUUUAUUAGAAGUUUAUUUUUCAGCACAAACCAAAACUGGCCUUAGAACUUAUGACAGUUCAGACGUUAAGGAAAAAAAACUUUUUAAGUAAUAAGCCUUUGUUUUUUUAUGUGUGUCUAUCUAGGUUAUGGUACUAAUGGGAAAAUAUUUGCAUGCAUCAGGGACUCUUUUUAACAUACAGUCGCCGUGGAACCUCCAGCCAUCUUGAAAAAAACUAACAUAUAUAUUGAUCAUAUAAUCAUUGAUCCUUCUUUUAACAACUCUGCUAGAGUCAGCUGGCUAUUAUUUGAAUUUUCAGAAGUGUGUAUGGAGAAAUACCUUUCAAUUUAGCAUUAAUGGCAAGCAUACUUUCAGAAGAGUCCUUAAUGAAUGUAAAUAUUUUCUUUAAGUACCCUAACUUAGAUAUACACAAAUGAAUAAGUAAAGCUUAUUAGUUUAGAAGUUGUUGUUUUUCUGGAGCCUACCCCCUUAAGAGUGGAAGAGUAAAAUAAGACUACAAAGAUCAAAGUGGAACAGCACCCCACCCCCCACUAACUGACCAUUGUCUUUUACUGUACUAUAACAGUAUUUAUUUUGUCAAUGUCUAGUAAUCAAUUAAUGGUAAUCUAUUAAUAGUGGACCAUAUAGAAUAUCAUAAUUUCUUUUUAAUCACUUAAAUUAUUUUUUUUUUAAUGUUGAUUUAAAAAAGAAUUUAAUCCAGUUUUUGUCAGAUAUGUGCAUUUAUUUUAUGUAUGAAAAAAAAAUUAAGAUUUUAUGACAUUUUUAUAUAUCUAUACAUAUAUAUUGUUUUAAAGUCAAUGUUAUGUAAGAAUAAGGAUAUAAUUAAU